AUGUCUGACGCUGGAGCUGGAACAUCUCAAGCACGAGGGUCUCAAGGAGGAGGCCAACAAGUGGAUCCGGGGAGAAAGUAUGGGACCAUGGUCAACAACAACGUCAACCAUUGGAAGUGUAUUUUCUGUUACAAGGUGCUAACUGCUGGCAUUUCACGCUUGAAGCAACAUCUUGUUGGAGGGCAUAAGAAUGCAAAGAAGUGUCCAAUCUGUCCAGAACAUGUUAGAGCUAAGCUGCAGAACUACAUGGUGAAAAAAGCUGAAGAAAUAGCAGCUCUAGCUAUGCAGUUUCAACCUGCUGUGCGUGAAGAAGAUGUGGAGGACGUAGAUGCUGAUCAGCCAAAACGCAAGGGUAUCAAGAGGAAGAAUCGUGGACCUCUGGAUAAGUUUGUGACGUCUAUGCCUCCAGACGUCUUGAAAGGAGCUAAGAGAGAAAGUUUGUGGAGGCAUAGCAAGGUGGUUUUAUGA